GGAAACAUAAAGAAAAUAGGCAUUAGUCUAUUAUAAUAACAAAGGAACUUUUAAUUCUCUACCAUGAAGAGUUUUUCGGCUAAACUGGUUAUUUUAUUGAUUAUAUACCAGAUAUAUCCAAGCACUGCAGAUUCCAGCGCCAAGAAUGAGUCCAAUGUCAAGAAUAAGUCCGAUGCCAAGAAUGAGGUCGAUACCAACAAUAAGUCCGAUGACAAGAAUAAGUCCGAUGACAAAAAUAAGGUCGAAACUAAGAAUGAGUCCGAUGCCAAGAAUGAGGAUGAUAACAAGAAUGAGUCCGAUGACAAGAAUGAGGAUGAUAACAAGAAUGAGUCCGAUGCCAAGAAUGGGGAUGGUAACAAGAAUGAGUCCGAUGCCAAGAAUGAGGAUGAUAACAAGAAUGAGUCCGAUGCCAAGAAUGAGUCCGAUGCCAAGAAUAAGGAUGAUAACAAGAAUGAGGCCGAUUCCGGAAAAGUGUCUAAGGCCUAGAAAGCAGCGUUUGUAUCAGAAUGACGGGCCGCACAAGGCCAAUAAAAUCAUAGGAUAACAUCAUAUUUGGAUUAUAUUCAUAAUAUAAUUUAAAUUAUAUAUAAUGUAUUAGUAAUAAAAAGUGUUUAUAAAACUAUCAUGAUUACUAGAAA